CCAACCUCUCUCUCCUCCCACCCACAAGUUGGUUCCUCCUCAGUGUUGUGUGCGGCGAUAAGAGCAGAGACGAAAAGGGAAAGACGGCCUAAACAGCCCUUCUCUCUCAAGAUUCUGCCUUUUUUUUGGUUGUUGCUGCUGCAUUUUCUGAUCCUGCAGGUUCACUCUCUCUUGCGACUACAAUGCUCCACCUGAUUUCGCGGCGCAUGGGCAGCCUGGUGGCCAGGCGCGCGACAGCGGCCCUUACCAGCAGCAGCGUGAGGAUGUCGAGCCACGAGGUGUCAGGGGCAGCGGACAUGUCUCGGCCGAUGUACUGUGACCGUCUGGACACCCCUCUGCCCGACAGACCCUACAAAGAAGAACUGACAGCUGCUGACAAGAGCCUGAAACAGAAGGAGAAGGGGCCCUGGAACCAGAUGACCAACGAGGAGAAGAUCGCCUUGUACCGGCUCAUGUUCUGCCAGACCUACCCAGAGAUGAGGCAGACGAACGUUGAGUGGAAGACCGUCAUUGGGACUUUCUUCAUCUUUUUGGGCUUUACCGGCCUGAUAGUCUGGUGGCAGAAAGUCUACGUCUACCCUCCAGCUCCACUGACCUUUGAGGCCGAGUGGCAGGCCAAGCAGCUCCAGAGAAUGCUGGACAUGAGGAUCAACCCCAUCGAGGGCUUCUCCGCCAAGUGGGACUACGAGAAGGGCCAGUGGAAGUAAAGAGGGACGGCUGCAGCCCAGACGGCGCAGAGUCCGGACCUGUCUCCCCUCAGGUUAUUGAUGUGAAGCCGCAGUUGAAGUCAGUCUCAAUUUGAAUGUUGUGUUGUAACUGAUCGAACCACUAGAAGGAUGGCGCUCAUUCAUUGUCAAUAUCCUGAGGGGUCGUGAUACUCUGUGCCACCUCCGGCUCUCAGCUUAGGGGCCUCCUCUCCAACCACUGCUGCUUUCUGUCACGGUCCGUCCUGUUGAGAGCUUAUAUUAAUAAAGUUUUCCCUAUG